AAGAUGGCGACCGAAAAGUCCUCGCAUAUGGCACUCCUAACAGCUGUCACUCGAUUCGGCGUUUUGUCUAUCUAUACAGGCGGCGAAUCGUUCUUCUUGUUAUUCCAGUAAUACAGCCGGAACGAAAGCCCAUAUAAAAGUUUAGAGAAUUCCCCCGAAUUCUCAGCUCAAAUUACUCGCCGCCGAAAACGGUAAAUACGCCGCAUUACACAGUUUAGUGUUUCUUUGAUCCGCGUUGAAAUUAUUGAGAAUGUCGGACGAAGAUUGGGAUGCCCCCGAAACUGAAAAGAAGAGCAAACGCUCAGAUUAUCACGAUUCCACGGAUCACUACGGAAGCCGGGACGGUGGUCGGAACAGCUACCAUGACAGUCGCUCGUCGUACAAUGGCUACGAGAAGAAAAGUUCAAGUUUCUACGGUGGCCGGGACAGGGAUAGGGACUCUCGUGGCGGCUACCGAGAUGGUGGAGGUUACAAUUCCUACAACGACCGGGAGAGCUCCCGCAAACCACCGAAGCCCCAGGGUCGCUACAAUGAGAGCAUGGAGAUCCAGUCGAACGACGUAGGGAAGAUCAUCGGUCGUGGCGGGUCAAAUAUCAAAGAAGUCGAGUCGAAAUUUUCCGUGCACAUCAAUGUGAAUAAAUCGACAGGCUACGGAACUGGCUCCAGCGUCUCCGUGGCCGGCGAUGACAGGCAGGAUGUGGACGAUGCUAUCCAGCACAUGAAGGAUCAACUGGACGGGGCUCGGAACGGCCGUGGUGGCGGAGGCGGCGACGGCUACCGCAAGGACUUCCGCCGCAAUCAAAGCGAUUCUUAUGGAGCCUCAAGCGGCUACGGAGGUGGCUACGAGAAGAAAUCUUACGAUAGUUACGAGAAGAAGUCCUCGUACGAUAACUACGAGAAAAAGCCCUCGUAUGACAACUACGAGAAAAAGUCGUACAACAGCUACGAGAAAAAGUCAUCGUACAAUUUCGAUAAUCAACAAUCUACGUAUGGAGACAGCAGUGCUGGAGGUCGGAGCAGUCCGUCGUAUCAACCAAUCGACUGGGAUGCGGUCAACAAAAUUGCAGAGGAAGAACGCCGCAAAAAAUGGGCAAAAUGUCCACCGAUGAUUAAAAAAUUUUAUGAUGAAGCCCCAGAGGUAGCUGCACUUGGUCCAGCACAAGUCGCUGAAUUGCGUGAAUUGAACAAUAACACAACCGUUGAUCGGGUGUUCAAAGAAAAGGAGGAAGGUAUGGAGCCAAUUCCGAAUCCCGUAUGGAAAUUUGAACAGUGCUGGGCCAAAUAUCCGGAUCUUCUGAAUGAAAUAAAGAAACAAGGAUUUGAAAGGCCCUCGCCAAUUCAGUCAUCGGCUUGGCCGAUUCUUCUGAAAGGUGAAGAUAUGAUUGGAAUCGCACAAACUGGAACCGGAAAAACAUUAGCUUUCCUGUUGCCCGCACUGAUCCAUAUUGAAUAUCAGCCUGUGCCACGGGAAGACAGAGGAGGUCCAAACGUUCUGGUUCUCGCUCCUACCAGAGAACUUGCCAUUCAGAUUGAAAAGGAGGUUGGAAAGUAUUCUUUCAGAGGAAUCAAAGCUGUUUGCGUGUAUGGCGGUGGCGACAGAAAGGAGCAGAUCGAUAUUGUCUCGAAGGGGGUAGAGAUUGUCAUCGCUACGCCCGGUCGUUUGAAUGAUUUAAUACAGGCUAAGGUUGUUAAUAUUAGCAGUAUUACAUAUUUGGUUUUGGACGAAGCCGAUCGAAUGUUGGACAUGGGCUUUGAACCACAAAUUCGAAAGAUUCUCUUGGAUAUCCGUCCCGAUAGACAGACAGUCAUGACAAGUGCUACUUGGCCGCCAGGAGUGCGACGUUUGGCGCAAAGUUACAUGAACAAUCCAAUCCAAGUUUGUGUCGGAUCACUGGAUCUGGCAGCAGUGCACACAGUUGAGCAAAUUAUAGAGAUCGUCGAUGAGGAUGAUAAAUUCUAUCGGAUACUGAAUUUCGUUAAACACGAAAUGGGACCUCAUGAUAAGGCGAUCAUAUUUUGUGGGAAGAAAGCCCGCGCAGAUGAUCUCUCCAGCGAAUUUACACUAAAAGGAAUCUUAUGUCAAUGUAUACAUGGUUCGCGUGACCAGUCCGACAGAGAACAAGCAAUUGCCGAUAUUACUUCAGGAGAAGUAAAAAUCCUAAUUGCUACCGACGUAGCUUCCAGAGGAUUAGAUAUUGAAGAUAUAACAUACGUCGUGAAUUUCGAUUUUCCACGUAACAUUGAAGAGUACGUGCAUCGAGUCGGACGAACAGGACGGGCAGGCCGUAAAGGCAAAUCCAUAAGUUUUAUAACUAGACAAGACUGGGGUUCAGCUAAAGAGUUGAUAUCGAUUCUGGAAGAGGCGAAUCAGCAAGUACCCGAAGAGUUGAGGGAUAUGGCGACAAGGUUCCAGGCGAUGAAGGAUCGGCGGGCCAAUGAAGAGAGCAAAUUCGGUUUGCGGGGUCGACGGCCGCGGUAUUAAAGCAACGAAGAAAUACUAAACGAAGACAGUCUUCGGAAACUGAUGUGAGAAAUGUAUUGUACAUUCCUGGAUACUUGCAACUUUCUCAUAGAAAUGAAUCUUGGUUUUUUUUUUAGUCCUUAGAAAUUCAUUCGUAUCGCGAAUGUAUAUACGAAAUUUAUAAUAAAUAUUCUUUGUUGAAA